CCUGCAAAAGGUUAUAGCAGGGGUGGGAAGAAGAUGAUGUCUCCCACACUCUCAGUCUCAUUCUCUUGCAAUCCUAAAAACCCAAACUCGCUUUGCUUUCUUUCUUUGCAGGACUUUGCAAACACUUCAACUCUCAGGCUUUCGCCAACGCUUCCGCUUCGUUGCUCUCAGGAAAGAAGCCUUGCACCAGCACCAACUGUGCUAGAUGAAAGCAUUGGGGGUUUAUCAACCUCAAACGACCGCGUUUUGAGCGGCGAUACUCCGGUGCUUCGGCAAAAUGGGCCACCUCCUCUAGUCAGUGCAUUGAGAGCUUCUGCUGAGCAAAAUGUUGCCAGUUUUCACUUUCCGGGACAUAACAGAGGGCGUGCUGCACCUGCUUCCUUGACUCGGCUCAUUGGAACGAGACCGUAUUUGCAUGAUUUACCUGAGCUUCCAGAGCUUGACAACCUCUUUUGUCCCCAGGGGCCCAUAUUGGAAGCACAGACUGAAGCAGCCAAACUGUUUGGAUCGUCACAUACAUGGUUUCUUGUUGGCGGUACUACUUGUGGGAUUCAGGCGGCCAUUAUGGCUACCUGUUCCCCGGGAGAAUUUCUGAUUCUUCCGAGGAAUUCCCAUAUAUCAGCUAUAUCUGCUAUGGUAUUGUCUGGUGCAGUGCCUGAGUACAUUGUUCCCGACUAUGAGAAUGAUUGGGACAUUGCUAGUGGUGUCACUCCAUUACAGGUAUUGAAAGCCAUCCAGGGAUUAGAAAUGGAAGGGAAAAAAGCGGCAGCGGUGUUCAUCACCUCUCCUACUUAUCAUGGCAUUUGCAGUGAUGUAAGCAAGAUUUCUGAGCUGUGUCAUUCUCGUAAAAUUCCUUUGAUUGUUGACGAAGCUCAUGGUGCACAUUUUGGAUUCCAUUCUGAACUGCCUAACUCAGCCCUCCAGCAAGGGGCUGAUCUGACUGUACAGUCAACUCACAAAGUUCUAUGCUCUCUUACUCAGUCAUCUAUGCUGCACAUGUCACGAAAUAUUGUAGAUAAGGAAAAAAUUGAUAGAUGUCUCCAAACUCUUCAAACCACAAGUCCUAGCUAUCUGCUUUUGGCAUCCCUGGAUGCUGCCAGAGCUCAACUUAGUGAACGCCCUGAUGUUGUAUUCAACCAAGCAAUUGCAUUAGCUUAUGAAGCAAAGUACACGCUAAAACAAAUUGCUGGUAUAUCAGUGCUUGAGAAUUCAAGCUUUUCAAACUUUCCUGCAAUGGAUCCAUUGCGUCUCACUGUGGGCUUUUGGAAGCUUGGUUUAUCAGGUUACGAAGCUGACGAAAUCUUAUACAGAGAUUAUGGUGUUAUCUGUGAACUUGUUGGGAACAAAUCUAUUACUUACGCAUUUAAUCUCGGGACUUGUAGGGAUCAUGUCCAAAGACUUCUAUUGGGAAUAAAGCAUUUGGCUGCAACAUAUUCUUCCUUUCAGCAACCUGAAGAGAAAGUGUGUGAUGCUCAUGCACCCUUUGAUGAUAUAAUCAUGAGUUUGAUCCCCAGAGAUGCCUUUUUUGCAAGUAAAAGAAAAGUAACAAUAAGGGAGAGCAUCGGUGAGGUUUCAGGGGAGCUUGUAUGUCCAUAUCCUCCGGGCAUACCAGUAUUGAUCCCUGGUGAGGUUAUUACCGAAAGAGCUGUUGAUUAUCUUCUACAUGUUAGGAGUAAAGGUGCUGAUAUUAGUGGAGCAUCUGAUCCCUUACUUUCUUCAGUAGUUGUCUGCAACGUAAAGUAAACCAGCUGGUGAGAAGUACUUUGAAGUUAACACUUCCAAGUGGCCUUUGAUUUUUGCAUCACACCAAAAGAUUAUUUUACAGUUGACGAUGGUUUACGCAGCUGAGGAAAUUCUCGAGUAGUUAGCAAAUAGCAAAGGCAGAAUUGUUGGUAAACUUUUCUCAUUUUAAUGGAUAAGAAUGAAGGGGUACUCAAAUUUUGCCUCUUGGAAACGCUACUGGGUUACGAUGUGUUAAAUAUCGUACUCAUUGAGUCAGGAGACUGGGCAAUUAAAUGCUAAUCCUUGAGGAAGGACCAAAACUAUUGGCAGGGCCCAGAUGCAAACCAGCAUCAACCUGGACGCAAUCAUAAAUAUUGAAAGAAAAUUGCAACUAAUUGUAUUUUAAUUGUGUAUGUGUAGCUAAUUGGAAAAAAUUGAUUUAGAGAAUGUCAUGGAGAAUAGGAAGAAUUGGUUUCAGAUUUUUUCAUGCUAUGAACGUUAGGGUGACAGGGAAGGUCAAACAUUGAGAAGUCAGUGGCAGAUACCAGAGUCACACUGCAUAUGUUCAUCCUGCUCCUCAGAAAUUGCUUAUGUUUUCAAUUUUCAACAUUAGUUAAGUCGUGUGAGAUGUAAAAGUCAAGAUUGUUUCAUGCAAGUAUUACUUUGACGCUGAAUCGUAUCAUGUGUUCUUUUUUAGUCAAGAUUGUGUAGAUCUGUUGAGGUCA